AGGAGAACAGAGAGACCAGAGUUAAAUUGUUAAGUUUGUUGAUGCUUAUUUUUACUAUACUGACACACCAAACAUUUAUUUCACUUGUGAGAUCAUCUCUGACGACGUUAUCCGACAUUCAAUCUACCUCAGCAGCUCCAGUUGGGAAACAGAAUUAGAUUCCAGCCGGCACUCUACCUCUAACAUCAUCCCUCCAACAUGAGCGAUGACGAGGAGAGACACAGCCAUGGAGCCAGGCAGGCCCCCAACGUCAAACCCACACUCAACCAGACAGAGAGCAACAGCAAGGGCGACACGUGGAAGACGGUUAGGCCUACUAAAGUGAGGAGGUCGAGGAGUACCGACUCGGAGAGGGGGGAAAGAGGCAGGAGGAGAGAACGAGACAGCAGGUACCAGGGUGAGGGGAGGCAGCGGGGGAGGAGUGAGGAGGCCCGGAGGAAGGUGAAACCCCCUGAAGAUGAUGUGCAGGACACUGAGUGCGCUGUGUGUUUCUGCACAUACGAUAACAUCUUCAAGACCCCAAAGCUGCUGGCGUGCGGGCACACUUUCUGUCUGGAGUGCCUCGCUCGCAUCAACGUGACCUCUCCUGAGCUCAAGACCCUGUGCUGCCCCGUAUGCCGUGAGCUGACCGAGCUCCCCCACGGCCAGGACCUGCCCCGGCUGGGCAACAAUGAGUACAUCAUAAGCAAACUCCCAGCAGACAUGCAGAGGGCACUGUCCAUCCGCUUCCAGCGUGGCAAGGGCAAACUGUUCCUAAAGAACCCUCCUCCCAGCAGCCUGAUCAGGUCUCACAUCCUCACCCUGCCUAAAAAGAGACACGGUGGCCCGGUGACAGCAGGUGGUGACCUCCACUUGAACACCAUGGAGCAGGGAAUAGCCCCGACCACUGUGGUGAACGUAGGCAGGCCUCCAAACAGGGUCAGAGGUCGCAUGCGCAGGUUGUUCCGCUCGGACCGGUGCUACUACAUCGUGGUGGGGUCCAUCAUCACCGUCACUGUGGCACUCAUGCUGGUGGGGAUUCUGGCCUUUGUGAUCAUACCGAAUGUGAUUGGACGAAGUCCACCAACAACAACAUCACCACAGGGUUCAGGAUUAAGACCCUGAAGGGGUCACGGGUGGACAGGCUGUAAAGAUGAGAUUUAAGGGGAGAAAGAGAA